AGUAAGCAUGUGUUAACUUGUCAGGAACGGUUUAUAACUUAAGUGAUUUGGCUAGUUGCGAUGGUUUUUCGUAGCAUGCUGUUUACACACAUAAAAAUUGUUAAUAUAUAUUAGUUUUUCCAGGAAAUUACUUCACUUGAAUUGUAAUGACUCGUUUAAAUGUGAAAUUUAAGACGCAUGAUAGAAUAUAUUUAUCCAAAGUACCAGGAAUUCGGUCGUGGAGUAUUCUUGUUGGUAAGUGCAUAUUCUACCGGAAUAUUAUCAUUAGGAAUAGGUGCUGGAUAUUAUGGUUCAGAUCAUUUUCUUUUGAAGAUUGGAUAUGUAAUUGGCUGUUUGGUUAUAGGACUGUCAUUCUUAGAAGCUUGGGAGAAAUGUGAUUUUGACAAAACCAAGGGAAGUGUGGUUCUUCAGAAGAGCAGCAUAUUUCACAAACUGCUGUGGCCAUUUGUAAACCCUCCAAGAACUGUGCUGAGCAUUGAAGACUUGCUGGAUGUACGCAUAGGCCAGGGACCAGCUAACUCUUCUCACAUUGAGCUGGUUUUAAAAUCGGGGAUAACACUACCCCUUACUGAUACUCCCACAACAGGGACUAUGAGUGAAUUAGAAUGCCUUGCUGAUCUCUUACGAUCAUUCUUAAAAAUUGGCCAAGUUGAAAAUCUCAAGUACCAGUACUGUGAUGAGGAUCUAAGCUUUUUUGACUCCAGUAGCAGUAGUAAUGGUGCCUCUGACAUGGAACAAAAUAAUUUGGAAGACGAACGUGAGCCUCAGGUGACGUGGGUUGUCCGUGAACAAGUUGCAACUGUUAACCUUGCUAGAGAAACCUAAGCUUUAGAGGCAUACUUAUGUUUUAUACUCUUUGUAUUUGCCUAAAGUUGUGUAUGAUACACAUUUCAUAGAAGCCAAAGGUAAGGCUUAAAUUGGGAGAGGGGGUUAUACCAGCAAAAUACCUGACAUGCUUAUACUACAUGCAAUGUAGCUAUCUAUUGUGAUUUGAUUUGGAACUAUGAUAAAAAAGAUUGAUGUAGUUAAGAAAUAACAUUUUUCUCUCUCUUUCUUUUUUUUCAAUUAUGAGUCUUGAAGUGUUUUUAUUAAAUGAAUGAAUUAUGGCAUUAAUUAUAAAUAAUGCCAUUGAAUGUUUUCUUAUUAAAUGUAUAUUGUUUUAAUGUUUUUGGCAAAUAAAACAUUUAUAAUUGGUUAAUCAAUGACAAAUUGUAGAACUAAAGUUCUAAAUUUAUUGCAAGCCAUAGUUUUUGAAAUGUAGUAUGCGUGUUCAUUUGGAGAAGUUUUUAUUUUCAUUAGAAUAUUUAUCAGUAGCCAAAAAUACAAUCAGUAGUUUAUUGCUAAUCAGCUUUUAAAAUCAAUGUAACUGGUAUUUCUGUGAUGAUAAAUGGUGCAUGCUUAUAGCUAGUGAGAGAUUUUUAUAAAUACGAGAAAGAAUAAUCAAGUUAUCAAACUAUAUGUUAAGUCAACUAACAAAGUAGAGAUUAUUGUAUGUGGGAGUUUAAAAAGCAUGCUUUUUAUUGUUAUGCAAGUUAACUUAGAAUGUAUCAAAUAUAUGAAUGAAAGAAAUGAUAUACAUUAGGUUAUUAAUUCAAUAUGUGUCAUGUAAUGUUAUUUGUUUUGUACUUAAGGAACAUUUUAUAUUAAUUACUUUUUUGCAUAUACAUGCAAUUCUACAUAGACAAGAAAGUCAUGCAACUUAGGCCAAAAAUUAACAUUAAAGUACUUUUUUAAGUCUGUUCUCAGUUAGAAUCUAAUUAUUAUUUAAAUACUAAUUACAUGAAUUAGAACAUUUCCAUUCAUAUGUCCACAGGACUAGGAAUUCAGUUUAGUAACCAACUGUAUUGGAAAGGCCAAUUUUUUGUUUAAAGCUGAUAGAAUCUUGUUAAUCAUGCAUGUGUGAAAACUGAUUAAGAAAUUUGAUCUCUUAAUUUGAUUUUUUUAUACCUUAAUAAUGGGUGUGCCAUAAACAAUGAGCUAAAGCCCCAUUAAAUGUUAUAUCUUUGGGAUGGGAUAUUUCACAUGUAAUUAUACAUUUUGGUUUCAAGAGUUCUGUUUAUCUAAACCUGAAAUUUCAAUUCAGCAAUGUUUUUUGUAGGACAGGAAACUCUAAGUAUUCAGAUAAUAUUGUUUGAAUUAUUUGAUAAAACAGACUACAGUACAUUGCAAUAAACUCUUACCUUGCUCCAGCAUCAUAUCAUGAUAUUUAAAUAAAAGAUGUCUUACUUUCUUAAAUGCAAAUACACUACCAUUUUUUAAAAGCUUCAGCUUUGUGAUCAUUAACAGAAAAUGUAGGAAUUAAAACAACUUAUUUUAGGCCACUUAUGUAUUUAUUAAGGUUUUGUUCAAUUAAAUGUGUUAUUUAGAAUAAGAAACCUAAUCUGUUCAUAGUUUUCACAUAAUAUAUAGUAAAAUAUAUUUUGUGUUUUUGAUAAGUAAUGAAAGUGUCACAUUAUGAUUAACUUUUGAUCAAAGCAAGUUGCCUAAUUAUAUCACAAUUAAUAAUUAACCCAGUAAUGAAAUAAGUAAUUUAACAUACUGAUCUUACUAGGAGUAUGCAAAGUCAUAAAACAAAAAGUUGCAUGGAUUAGAAUUCACUGAUUCAUCAUUUGUUUAAUCUUGCUGUUAGAUAUGUGGGUUAGUUCUAAGUCUAUACACUGAGCUAACAAUGCAAAUUAAGCUUCAUAACAAAAAAUAUAUAAUGAAAAAGAAAUAUAUUAAACAUUUUAACCCAUGAUAUUAAUGAAAGUAACAUGAGAGAGAUAAUAGAAUAAAAGUCUACUGGAACUGUAUCAGGAAAUAUGCUAGUACUAGCAGAGACCUGCAAAACAUUUGCAGUCAAAGUAGUAUGUUUAUUGCAAGAGUACUUCUUUAAAUACAGAAUUUAUAGAAUAACACAAAAGAAUUGUAAUUGCAGACAUCAAAAUCUAUAAGUCCACUGGUCUUAGGCCUAUUGCUAGUUAAGCCUUUAUUAAGUAUGGCCUAUAUUCGAUAAAGAGAUAAAUUAACACUGUAACUUGUAUACAUUUUUUGCUUUAGUUUA